AUGAGCGGCUCCGCCACUGCCACUGCCGCUCACAAUUACGUCUCUCCCAAUCCGGCUCUGCUUCAUCCCUCGCUCGCCAACGAUCACUCGGCUGCCUCUCACCCCGCAGCUCGCACUCAGCUCAACGCGUGGGGCUGGCCUUCAGGCUUCAAUCAGCCUCCCCACGCCUCCAGCAACAACUCCCUCGGCGCGCCCAGUCCAUCGCGACACCCGCCGCCGCCGUCGUCGUCGUCGUCAUCGUCGCCUCUCGCCUCGGCAACCAUGUUCACACCCCAGGCUCAACAAAUCAACCACGCCCAUCCACACCAGCAGUCUCAGCUGCAACAACAGCAUCCUCAGCAUCCGCAGCAUCUCCAACAUCCGCACCUCCAGCAACAGCAACAACAGCAGCAACCCCAUCCACCACAUCUCCAACACCACCUCGCCUCGCAGCAACAACAACAGCAGCAGCAGCAGCAGCAGCAGCAGCAGCAGCAGCAGCAGCAACAUCAAACUCAGCUUCAGCUUCAACAACAGCAACACCAGCAGCAGCAGCAGCAAUUGCAGCUCAAUCAGGCUUCCCAGUCUCAGCAAUCGCAACAACAACAGCAGCACGCAAUCCACUCGCCGGCAAAUCAGCAAAAGGCCACCUCGGUCUACCCUCCACAGCCUUACGCCAACUCCUCCACCUUUUCCGCCCCAAACCACGUCGCCUCUCCCAACGGCUCCGCCAAACCCAACACCCCCACCGCACAGUCCGUCAUCAUGACAAAGAAGCGCACCGCCAGCAAGAGCCCCGACUUUGAGUCCAAGGACAAGCGCUCACGGCCCGACGACAACGCCGCCUCCAACGACUCCAAGCCAAACGAUGCCAACGCUGCCCACCCCAGCUCCGUCCCCGACGGCCGCGUGUGGGGCGAAGAGGCCACCAAGCUCGACGUCUACGUCUGGGACUAUCUCAGCCGCAGAGGCUUCAGCUCCGCAGCAAAGGCGCUCAUGAACGAGGCCGGCAUGGCAGAACCCCCCGAGGUGCCGCUCAAGACGCCCCAAGGCCUCCUCUUCGAGUACUGGGCCAUCUUCUGGGACGUCUUUGCCGCUCGCUCCGGUCGCGGAGGCUCCGAGGCCGCCGCCUACUUUGAGUACCAGGAAUCCCGCAACAUGCAGCGACUCGCCGACGCCAACCGCAAGGCAGAGGCCCUCGAAGCGCAGUACCAGCCUCCCGAGAACGACUCUCGCUUCCCCAACAUUGUCAUGUCCGCUCAAGCCUCGGAUCCCAACUCGUCCGCUGCCGCCGCCGCCGCCGCCGCCGCCGCCGCCGGUCCCAACGGACGCGCACCUGCUCCCGGCGCUUGGAACCCGGCCGCCCUGCCACAGGCGCAGCAACAGCAGCUGCUCAUCACCGCCGCCCAGCGCCAGAACAUCCCGCUUCACGAGAUCAAGAACCUCACGCCCGCAUCCAGAAUGGCUCUGAUCAACUCGAUGAAUCCGCACAACCCGGCCAACGCGCAAGCCGUCCGUCCCGGCAUGAACAACCCGCUCAUGGAACAGCAGCUCCAGGCCCGCCUCCAGCAGCAGCAGGCGCUUCAUCGCAUGAUGCAGCAGCAACGCCAGGUCGGCGCACAGCCGCCCAUGCCUCCACACGCUGGACUCGCCGGCGCCGCGCCCAUGCCAGGCGCCAUGCAGGUGCGACCGCCCGUGGGCCACCCGCAGAUGCCUGGCGCAGCGGGCUCGCCUGCUCCUCCCACUCCUGGUGGCCCCAUGGAUGGUCGACGCUCCGUAGGUCCGGGUGGCGACGGCAUCCGUCCCGAUCACAUGGCCGGUCCCUCGGUUGGCCUGGCGGGCGCCCAUCCCCAAUCCCAGCAGCAGCAGCAGCAGCAGCAGCAGCAGCAGCAGCCCGGCCAAGCGCAGGGCGGCCCGCAGCAGCCACAGACACAGCAGCCUGGCGGUCCGCCCCAGCCAGGCCAGGUGCCCGGCCAACAGCAGCAGCAGCAUCCGCAACUCAACCCGCACCAGCAGCAGAUGGUCAUGAACCAGUUCCAGAGCGUUCAGGCCGCCAUGCGCGAAGAGUGGAUGAAGGCGCAAAACGCUCCCAACCAAACCACAGCCGCCGACUUUUACGCCAACGUACAGGCAUAUCAGGCCAAAGCGCAAGGUCUGCAGAAUCUGUUGCGAGCGCAGGCCAACUACCAGGGCGGUCCGGCGACAGGUGCGCCUGCCAACGGAACCCCGCCGGGCAUGCUUGGCCAGCCGGGUCCUUCGUCGCAACCGCGGCCACCAGGCAUGCCCGGCGUCGGUGGACCUGGCGGGCCGGCCGCGGCAGGCAGCCCGGCGAGCAUGGCCAACAUGACGCCCCAACAGCGUGCAGCGCAGAUCGCAAGCGCACAGGCGGCGGCAGGCCGCAUCACCCCGCUCAUGGCAACGCACGAUCCCGGUCUGAUGGCGAGCAUGAUGGGCCCCAACAGCAUGCCCAACGGCACGCCCAACCGUCCCAACGUGCCGCUGCAGCAGGGCGCGCCCGGCCAGCAGCAAGCGUCGCAGCCGGGAUCGCAGCCUCAGCAACCGCCAGCGAGGCCACCGUCGGCGCAACCGGAAGAUCCGCACACGAGCCACUUCUCGUCGGUGCAGAUGGGUUCGCCCGCCGGUAUCCAGCGUCCCGGCAUGCAGCGCGCCGGCUCGCAGCUGGGGCCCAACCCACCCAACGCCGGUGGCAUGGGUCCGCCUGGUGCCGCAUCCAUCUCGUCGCCCUCGCCCCGCAUCUCUGCGACCAAUUUGCAGCAGCAGCAGCAGCAGCAGCAGCAAUCGCAGGCUGGCGGCGUCGCUUCGAACGCGCCGUCGGCAGGCUCGCCUGCGCCUUCGAACGUGCCCAACACACCCAAGCUCGGCUCAGCCGAAAAGGGCAAGAAGGGCAACGCGCGACAGCGCAAGAAUUCCAAGGCGACGACCAAGACGCCAGUUCUUACGGCAGCGGCCGUGCCCAGCUCGAGUGGCUCGGCGACCAACACCUCGGCUCCAAACAGCAGCAACGGGGCUGCAGCGCCCUCCACGCCGGCCACGGCGAAUGCUGCCACACCGGUGAGCACCAGCGUCACCACGCCCGGACGCGAGGCGAUGGCUGGCAAGGACGCGACUGCAGGUGGCGCUCCACAACCCACGUCACAGCCCAUCGACGCUGCCAUGCCGCCACCAUCGGGUCCCGGCGCCAACUCGACCGAUGCGAGCCACUUUGGCGGUGCAUCGGGUGGAAAUGCAGGCGCUGACCAGUCUGACGGCACGACGAAUGUCAACGGCAUGUCUGUCGGCGAUGGUGGUGCAGAUGGCAGCGGAGGUGCAGGCGGUGCGUCGGGCGGAGCCGACGACUUUAGCAUGUUCGGCUUCGGCGGCUCGAUGAACGACAUUUUCGACUUUGACCUCUCCACCGACGGCACAGGUGGCCAGAGCUUGGGCAGCGACGGCUGGGACAGCAACUUUGGCAACCUCUUUGGCUCGACCUCGGGCGCUCAGGACGGUUCAUAG